CAGAUUUUGCUCUUCAACCUCGUGAAGCCGAGGCUGAUGAUGUCAGCUUCUCUUUGGCUUUUAUUGAGCUUCGAGGGUGGAUGAAUGACGUCUGAAAGAUCGAAUUGCUUCGACUUUUAGAGUCUGUAUCGAUUGCUAUAAACUCCUGUGGGGUGGUUCAUCAAGCUUCAAUGGCAGCAUUAAAGAAGCCAGUCGCCCUUAUCGUUGGCGCAUCGCGAGGGAUUGGGAGGCAAGUUGCCAUCGAUUUGGCGCAGAACGGCUAUGCAGUUGUCGUCUCCGCGAAGAGUUCCUCGGACGCGUCUAAAGUACAUCCGUUCCCACCGGAUCCCAAUUCUCCUCAGUCUACGAUCAGCACUGUCGAGCGAGAGAUACGUGAAGCUGGUGGCAAUGCCAUAGCCGUGACUGUCGAUACACGCGAUUAUGCUAGCAUACAGCGCAUGAUCGACCAGACGAUUGCGAUAUAUGGCCGGUUAGACGUUUUGAUCUACAACUCCGGCGCGAUAUGGUGGGCGAGCGUCGAGAAGACACCCAUGAAGCGGUUCCAACUCAUGCAACGCGUCAACGUUGAGGGCCUAUAUGGGACAAUUCAAGCUGCCCUUCCUCACUUCAGAGCAAACAAUUGGAAAGGGCGUGUCAUCGUCGUCAGCCCACCUAUAUACUCUCGCUUCUUCCGUGGGAAGACAGCAUACGCAAUGGGAAAGGUCGGUAUGAGUGUGUUGACUAAAGGAUUAGCAAUGGACUGGGAACGCGAGGGGAAGACCGACAUGGCAAUCACAAGCAUUUGGCCUGCUACAGCCAUUCAGUCUGCUGCUACGGAAAACAUGGACCCAGGGAAUACGAAGGAUCUGAGGAAGCCUACAAUCUACUCCGAUGCAAUCUUGGCAAUGCUCCAAGCCCCAGUCCCAAGUGUCAACGGCUGUCUUGAAUUGGACGAAGAUUUUCUCCGCAAGACAGGCGUCACUGACUUUGAGAAGUACAGUAUCAUCCCUGGAGCAAGGCCUCGUCGAAUUAUGCCUGAGGAGUUCCCAAACCUUGCCGUAAAGGAGCAAGCAGAUGAGGGCAAACGCGUAGAUAGCAUUAAAAUCAGAGCUUCAAAAAUGUAA